AAUCCCUGCUCCAUCAACACCGGGACACGCAGCCCUGCCCCGUGUCCUGAGCAGGACGAUCCCAUCGACUCUGCCCUGGGCAACUCCUUCCCAGUCACCUGCACUGGGAUUUCAUCACCUGCUGCCUAUAAAUUGCUCCCCGGCUGCCAUGGCCACACUGGGCACCCUGCAGGGACUGAGCCUGGCUCUGGCACAGCCCAGCUCAGUGCUUGCCAUGAAGGUCUCAGGCUCCCUGCUGCUCCUGGCGCUGGCAGCUCUGUGCUUGGCACUUUCCACCACACACGCUGCCACGCACAAUGAGGUGGACUGCAGCGAGUACAGGAGGCUGGAGAGGGGGAGGCCCAUUUACUGUGAGAGGCUCUACCAACCCUUCUGUGGCUCUGAUGGCAAAACCUACAACAACAAAUGUUCCUUCUGCAAGGCUGUGCUGAGGAGCAGAGGGGCCCUGCACAUGAAGCAGGCAGGAGCCUGCUGAGGGAGCUCUGCUGAGAACAGCUCCCACUGCCCCAUUCCCAAAUUCCAUCCCUCCAUCCUGCUGAGAACAGCUCCCACUGCCCCAUUCCCAA